AACUUCCAUCUCUCGUUGACUUCACACGCACCGACAUCUGUGAUAGAUUUGUUUCUAGUCUUGUUCAUUUGUUUACUUUUGGUAGCAAGCUUUUUGUUGUUUGUUUGCUUUUAGUUUCUCCUUUGAGCAUUGUAUACAAGGUAUAGUUUUAUAUGCUUGUAUAGUAUUUUUUGGUUGUGCACUAGGAGUGCAUUUGAGUUUUGAAUAUUUGAUUUCACAUUUUACACGUUUUUAUUUUGUUUUUUUGUUUGUCUUUUAUAAUUGGUGAAUAGCAAGAAUGGCGCCCUUGCUGAUUUCCCCCUUCAAGUCCCCAAUAUCAGUGUUUUCGAGAUUGAAAGAUUGGUCUGCACGCAAGCGCAUGCGUGAAGAUACCGCCGUUGCUAAUACACCGAUGCUCGAAGCAUGUCGCCAGUGUUCCAUCAGUGAUGCAGCGGCACUAGGUACUCAUAGUGCCACAUCAUUUUGCACGCCGCGGCCUGGUCACAGCUUGUCCAUAGCCACGCCAGAUAGUGGCAUUCAGAGUCAGCCCACGUCUGCUGUAACCGAUCGUUUAGCAGAAGCAUGCAAUAAGGUCAGCAGUACUCCUAUACCAAUAUGUAAAAGUAACUCGAUUUGUCAGUACCCUCGGAUGAAAAUACGAAGCUCGAUAACAACACGGAAGAAGAGCAUUGAAUUCGAGUUUGACACUGAAUAUACUAUAGGGCAGUUUACGGAACAACUGGCGACUCAGGCUCUCGCAGACAACCCAAGACGGGUGUCCACAGCCUCCAGCAUUUCAGCUGCAGCGCCUUCGGAAGCAACCACCACCACCACCAUCACAAGCGAGGCCUCUUCGAGUACACGGUCAGAUGGGGACUCGUGGUGCCUGAAGUUGUCGGAUUUGGAUACAGCUGACUGCCUGUCGCCCGCGAAGAGUUCGGGUUGGGUUAGGUCGUCUCCCGAUUAUGUAAGGGCUAGAGGCCUUGACGUUGAUUCGGCCAUCGAUUCAAAGGCCGAGGCUUAUUCCGAGUGUUGCGAGAUAGAUCAGGGUUUAGGUAUAGAGCUGUCUGAACACCAAGCGGAGUUUGAGCUUCCACUGCUGACGAGACGGGUUUAUUCGUAUGGAAUACCGAAGCCACAGACUAUGGGUAUCAAGGAUGAAUUUCACCAGAAGGCAAUUCUGGUGUGCAUCGACCAGCUUCAGAAUGAAUGUUCUGACGGUCUGUGCAUCGGGGACAGCGGCACUCCGUCAGCUGUCGGAGGAGGCGACUGCAACACCCCGGCCUCCCACCACAACCUGCGGAACCACUCCUUCCAUGACCUCCAUCGGUGUGACAAGUGCGGACGCUUUCUGAGAGGCUUCAUCCAUCAGGGACAGUUUUGCCAGGACUGUGGUUUAAUCGCCCACCGCACUUGUGCUGCCACGGGGCUACCUCCUUGUGUAAGACAAUCCUCCAAGUACUUCCGGCGUAUCUUGCUCUCCUCCGUGUUUGGGUUGAGUCUCUGCACCCAGUUUAAUCCUAAGGACAGUCCUGCCCCACUCUUGCUCGUACGGUGUUGCCAAGAUAUCGUUUUCCGUGCAAAGAGUGAUCUUCACCAAGAUUCAUAUCGCCUGUAUCGCACACCGCCCCAGCAGGAAACUCUUGCUCGACUUCGUCAGGAAUGUGAUGAAGAUAUGUGCAAUGUUGACCUAAGUGCAUACGAACCCCACGUAAUUGCGUACCUGAUAAAGCGGUAUCUCCGUGAACUCCCUGACCCAGUGAUUCCAGAAUCAUUUUAUGAUCGCUUUAUUGAAGCAGCACGAAUUCAAAAUGAUGACCAGUGUGCAAAAUGCAUGACACAGUUGAUCAAGGAACUCAACCCACACCAUUCUUACACCCUACAGUUUUUGAUGAACCACUUCCUCCAGUUGUGUCAGCUCCAGGUAGCACGUGGUAUCUUGGACCCUCCAACUCUUCUUAUCCAGUCUCUAUGCCAUGUACUUCUCAGGCCACCUUGGGAAAAGAUUGUGGAGUUGGCCCGUAACACAGAGGCGCACAUGCGAAUUGUUGAUAUCCUUUUGUUGAAGGUGGAUUGGGGGGAGAGAGUACCAGUGUUCGCAGAUCCUCCAGCUUUGCCUCCUCGUCCAAGGAUAUCUCACAGCAUGGGAGAAGAGGGUGGAAGUCCUCCAUCUCCACCCACUGGCAGUAGCUUAGGCAUGCUUCCUGUUGGCACUGGACACUCAAACAUCCCAUCUACUGCACCAAAAUCUCUACAGGAUGCAGAAUGGUACUGGGGUACCAUAACAAGGGAAAAUGUGAAUGUACUCAUGAAGGACAGCAAGGAUGGCACAUUCUUGGUUCGAGAUGCAUCCACUGGAAACAAUGAAUACACACUUACUCUUAGGAAAGGAGGCUGCAACAAGCUCAUUAAAAUUUGCCAUCGCAGUGGAAAGUUUGGUUUCACGGAACCCUACAGUUUCAAUUCUGUUGUGGAAUUGGUUGAGAAUUUCCGCCAGCAAGACCUUAGUCAGUUCAAUAAGGCACUUGAUAUCAAGCUGCUCCACCCAGUUAGUCGCUUCCACUGUGAAGAAGCUGAGGGAGCAAGAAUGAGAGUGGAAGACAUUCUUGGACGACUUUCAGACCUCAACAAGCAGUACCUCUCAAAGACCUCUCAGUACAAUAGUGCAUAUGAGAAGCAGGUGGCUUUAGCACAAAAUAUGCAGAUGAGUCGCCAAGCCCUUGAUAGCUAUGAUGAAACCAUUUUGUGGAUUGAAGACCACCUAAAACUCCAUGAAAAGUUCAGAAUGGAAGCACAGCCCCAUGAAAUUAAUGAUUUGGUGAGCAACAGAAAGGUACUGAUUGACCGACUAGAACAGGUCAAAGAUGCUCGGAAUCAGCAUGACAUUAGCCUCGCUGCAAUAAAGAGAGAUUGCCAAGCAGCUGAACGUCAGUGCACUGGUCUGAAGUUAGAUGUUAUGAAACUUGGGAAGCAGAUGGACAAGCUGAAAAAUCUGCUGCUUUCUCGAGGUCUUUCAGCGGACAUGAUGGACCAGUGGCUUGAACAGGCAGAUCCAACUCAACCCCACCAACCAUCUCCAGAGUUGAGUAAUGAAUCCCUGUGGCGAUAUGAUACUUGCUCUCGUGAAGAAGCUGUAAAUCUUCUGCAAGGCAAGAGUGAUGGCACCUUCCUUAUCAGAACAGCCCAGAAUGGAGGCUAUGCUCUCUCAAUAGCAUGCAACAAGGAAGUGCAGCACUGCAGGAUUCAUCAGGGAGAACAUGGCUAUGGUUUUGCUGAACCGUUUCUCAUCUACCCAAGUCUUCGGGAUUUAGUCUUGCACUAUUCUGAGAACUCCCUCCUUAUGCACAAUGACCUGCUCAACACAACUCUAAAAUAUCCAGCUCGCCUAGCCAGCUAGUGUUUGCAUCAUGUUAAAUAGGGUAUGAACACCCUGUAGGAUAUUAAGAGUAUAAAAAGCUUAAAUAUUGUUAAUACAAUAUAACCAAAUUAAGACAGAGCUGAAAAUAUGCUGAUCCAAUGCCCUGAUUAGGGAAGUUGGGUAUGGGAUUCUGUGAAUGCCACAGCAAAGUUGAAACUCGGCAGAUAAGAGUGGAUCUUUUCUCAGGAAACCAGUGACUGUUGCCAGGAAUGACAUGGAUUGUCUAAGAUAUGCAUUCUGCUGAACAAAAGUGAUGGCUUUUCUUUGCAGAAAUUGCACAACAGGCUCUGGAAUUGGUCAAGUUGCACUUCUGCACAUGUUACAUCAUGGCUGAAGGCCAUUUUGUCCCUCCACGGCCGCCACCAGAUUUUAUUCAGUGCUAUACAGUGCAGUCAAACAGAUUUAAAUUAUUAUUAAGAAGAAUUAUGCAAUGUCAACUGAAUGAAUUUUGGUAGCAAUGUGGAGUUCCAUUUUUUACUCUGUGGUACAAAUUAGUUUCAGGACAAGCAAAGGCAAGUUGUUUUAAGUGACAUUGAUAGGUUGUCAUGUCCUGCAGAGUUUAGUAUUGAGUGAUCAAAGUACGGGUAGUACCCCUAUACAAAGAGGCUACCCAUGCAUAUGUUUUCGUAGUGGCCAAAGACAUUAAUCCAUUUGCAAAUAUUUUGCUGUCAAUGCUUGAUAAACCCCAUAACCUAUAUUGUUUUAAAAAUAGUUGAUAUUUUAAAGAAUAUUAACAUAUAUAGGCUACACAGAAUCUGUUAAUAUUUGAUACAAUGAAAUGUGCUGUGAAGAACUGUUUGCCUCUUUGUUUCCAAAGAUUGUCAAGAUCUCCUAUUCAGAAACAGACAAAUGUGUUGGACACACAAACGUGUGUGACGUGAAGUGACAGACCUAAGAGAAGUUGCUGCAUUCCAGUUAUGACUGAACUGAGGACGUUCUGAAAGACCAUAUAGUGACUCUUGAUUCAGGCGUUAAAAAAAUUUCAUGUGUGAUAUAAUCAUUAAUAAUGGAAAAAAAAUAAAUGAACACGUAAGUGCUCUAGCUAGAGAUGAUGACUUGGAACAGAGGGGUAGCCAAGUCAACUCUAGUCCCUAGUAACCCUUAGCCACACACUACAUAGUCUUUAACUUCAUCAUUAAAGUUUCAUCUCAUUAUUAUAUUUUUAAGGCUAGAGUUUCAUACAUUAUAUUGUUUGUAUCAUUGAAAUAUACUAUGUUGAAUUUAUUGUACUUAUUUUUAUUUUAUUUUUUUUCUUGUGUGUAUGUUCAGAAAUGUAGAUAUGAAUGCAUUUGCAUGUUGCUGUGUGAUUGUGUACAGGUGUGCAUGUGUGUAUAUUUUUUUCUACACCUCAUUAUAUUUAUGAACCCUUCCACUAAAUAAUAAAAUGUUGAUGGGUCAGCCAUGGACUAGUAAAUAUGUGAGCUUUGGUCACUGAAAUUUAUGAAUCUGAUCUGCAUUAGUGCUAGUCUUCAAAAGAUUUUUUUUUUCUUCUUUUUUUUAAUGUUGUUAUUGUACAACAAACUACAUAGAUUGAAUUGUCAUUAUAUGAAGCUUUGUAUUUCUCACUAAGCAGUGAAAGAUGGCUGAUUUUUCAUAUUCACUUAGUCACCUCUCCUCCUCAUUACAUGGUGAAUAACCUGGUGUUGAUAAUGGCAGAUGCCAAAUUGAGAAGUGGAUAAAGUCAUUGAUGUUGUAUGCCAUAUGUCCGGUGAUUUGGGUUAUAACAUGUUAAUGAGGUGAAGUCAGGUGGCUGCACAAUGUGAUAUUGUGGUGUGUGGCUUUGGGCAGUUGUGUGCCGAGGCAGGUAGUCAUGACUUGGCCACACAGCCACUACCCCGACCUGUCGCUUGUCACUUUUCCCUCCCAUGCUACGCAGGGAAAUAAAGUCUCAAUAAAGUGCUCUUUGGUCA